UCAAUGUAUAAAUAAAGUAGUUAAACAGUCGAAGUCGUAAUUUAAUUACAAAAAAUUAAGACUAAUAUUCUAUUACAUUUUACUGAUGUGAACCUCCGACAAAUACCUUUCUCGAUAACUGCUACGUUGUACUAUAUUAUUUCUGCGUCAGUUUUUUUAAGGUGUCAGUACAGAGAGGUACAAAGAUUUGCUCGAUGUGAAGUUCACCAGAGGUGUUAUGUACAAUGCGUGCGUUUUGCGUAUUUAUCUUGUAGUUCCAAUUAGUGUUUGCCAUGCAGUGUCACUUUUACUUCGAUAACUUGCCACUUUAAUGAAGGUGCGAAUUUCAGAUGAGAAUUAGAAGAGACAAAAUUAUCUCUUCCCAUGUGAAAUAAAAAUACGUCUGAUAUGAAGUCAUGUAUGGCAUGCCGAAAUAUUAUGUUAUCACACAAAUUUCGGAGAACAAAUAUUAGGUUAUGUUAUACGUUAAGCAGGCCUAUAAACAUACAAGAAACAUCGAACGAAAUUUCGGAACGUUUAAAUGGGAACUCAGUGGUAUUUCGUGAGGUUUUUCAAAGCAGUGAACAUAGGCAGAUUAAGCCAGCAGAAAACACAUCAGUAAAUAUCUUCGACCGACAAGCCAAAGUUCUUCAAAGAGAAAGGGCUGCUCGUGCACCAGAUGUAGCAGUAUACGACUAUUUGAAGGAAGAAAUAGGUUAUCGACUUGCUGAUCGUAUAUUUGAUAUCAAAAGGAAGUUCAAAUUAGCCGUAGACUUGGGAUGUGGUAGAGGUUAUGUUGCUAAACACAUUGAUUCAGAAUCUGUGGAGGAAUUAAUUGUGUGUGACAUGAGUCCAACAUGGUUAGAUCAAGUACCAUGCCCACCAAAUGUGAAAGUAAAACGCAUAGUUGUUGAUGAGGAAUGCCUUCCUUUUGAACCAGCAUCUGUUGACCUAGUAACAAGUAGUUUAAGCAUGCACUGGGUAAAUGAUCUACCUGGGGCAUUUCAUCAAAUAAUCAGCUGCCUAAAAAAUGAUGGAGUGUUCAUAGGUUCUGUGUUUGGAGGCGACACAUUGUAUGAAUUGCGGUCUUCAUUACAACUUGCUGAGUUAGAACGUCAUGGGGGCAUAGCUCCACACAUUUCACCUUUUACAGAAAUUCGUGAUAUUGGUAGCUUACUUACAAGAGCAGGUUUCACAAUGCUUACAGUGGAUACAGAUGAAAUUGUGGUUGGCUAUCCUUCAAUGUUUGAACUGAUGUGGGAUCUGAAAGGAAUGGGAGAGAGUAAUGCUGCCUACAACAGGAGAUUGAACUUACGACGUGAUACUGCUCUUGCUGCUGCUGCCAUCUACAAGCAGCUGUAUGGAAAAGAAGAAGAUGGAAUAUACUCUGUACCUGCUACUUUCCAGAUUAUAUAUAUGCUUGGAUGGAAACCAGAUGCCUCACAACCAAAGCCUCUUCCAAGAGGAAGUGGAGAAAUGUCACUUAAGGACCUAUACAGGCUGGAUGAAGUAAUAAGCAAAACAAAAAAAUGCCAUUAGAUGAUCAAACACCUGAGCCAGUAAAGAAAAAAUAGAACUUUACAACUUAAAUUGUGUAACAGACUACCACUUGAUAUGGUGGUGGUGAAGGGAAAAUGUGCAGAUAACAAUAGUCACUCAGUUACAAAUGUUACAAUCUUACACUGAAAUCGCUGUGUGUUAUGUCAAUAAAACUGCUUCAAUGCAAA